UCGAGAAUCCUGCAGCACCUGAACCUCAGACUGAGUGGAUUUCCGAUUCGAAUCAAGUAUUUAAAACAGGAGCAGAACCAAAUCUGCAGCGAAAAGAACUUCAUAGAAAUCCUGCAAAAUCCAGAUGGGGGGACAGGUCUCGCUACCAGAGGGUGUCCACGUGGUGGUGGUGGGCGGAGGAUUCGGCGGCAUAGCGGCGGCCCAGCAGCUGAAGUCUGAGGGGGUUCCAUUCACUCUGAUCGACAUGAGAGAGGCGUUUCACCACAACGUGGCUGGGCUCAGAGCAUCCGUGCAGCCGGGCUUUGCUCAAAGGACCUUUAUCCCGUUUGCUAAGACGUUUGGAUCCAGCUUUGUUCAGGGCCGUGUAGAGAAUGUGGACCCGGACCGGCAGACGGUGAUUCUGCAGGGUGGAAGGGAAAUCCAGUAUUCCCACCUCAUCCUGUGCACUGGCACCGACGGUCCGUUUCCCGGGAAGUUCAAUGCAGUGUCAUCGUUGGAAGCCAGCGUGCAGAAAUAUGAGGAACUGGUGGAACAGAUCCAGGCGGCAGACUCGGUUCUGGUGAUUGGGGGCGGGUCGACCGGUGUGGAGAUGGCUGCUGAGAUCAAGACGGAGUAUCCAGAGAAGAAGGUGGUUCUAAUACACUCCAGAAUUGGACUGGCUGACCCAGAGCUGACUUCUAGCGUCAGACAGCAGGCAAAAGAUGUUCUUCUGGAGAAGGGGGUGGAGCUCCUGCUGGGACAAAAAGUAAGUCGAAUGUCGGAGCUGCAGCUCAACAAGACCCAGAAGAACAUGAAGGUGAGCACGGAAAGAGGCGAGACGCUAACCACAGACUUGAUCAUCUGCUGCACUGGACUCAAGAUCAACUCUGCUGCCUAUAGCUUGGGUCUCAAGGACAGCAUAGAUGACAGUGGAGCUCUGAGGGUAAACCAGUAUCUGCAGGUCCAUGGAUUCUCCAACAUCUUUGCUGUGGGUGACUGCAGUGGCACACAAAAGCCCAAGACAGCGUACGUCGCCGGGCUCCAGGCUGCUGUUGCCGUCACCAACAUCCUCAACAGUCUGAGGGGGGCAGAGCUCAAAGUGUACAGCACAGGUAAUGUCACCAUGCUGCUGGCAAUGGGCCGGAAUGACGGAGUGGGUCAGUUCAACGGUUACAGGCUGCCUCGCUUCCUCGUGACCCUGGGGAAAAGCCGUGACCUGCUGCUGUGGAAGAGCUGGAAGGAAAUGCAACAGACCCAGCCCUGACCUUCAGAACCCAGCCAUAACAGGCAGAACCAAGCUUUCACAUACAGAACUCAGCUACAGCAUGUAGAAACCAAGUUAUUACCUGCGGAACUCGGUUUUAACCUGUAGAACCCAGCUAAAACUUGCAGAAUGCAGCUAUAACCAGCAGAUCCAAGCUACAACCUGCAGAAUCCUACUUUAACAUGAAGGACUCAGCUACAGCAUGUAGAAACCAAGUUAUAACAUGUAGAACCCAGCUAAAAUUCGCAGAACGCAGCUUUAUCCUGCAGAAUCCAGCCAUCUCCCAACAAUACGUUAUGUGAAAAUGUAGGAAUUCUCUUUAAGUUUCUUUAAUAAUCAUUUUAAUAUUUAACACUUAACACCUAGUUUUAUUCCACUGUUGGUUUCAUUUUUUCGUUUAUUUGAAAAUGAAGCAAAUUUCACAAUUUCUGUUUUCUAUGAACCCCCCUCUUGAUGUCACAAAUAAAAAUAAUGAAAUUGUCUUUGAA